AUGGACGAGAUCGCCAAGGAGUACGACGUUGUUGUCCUCGGCACUGGCCUGACCGAGUGCAUUCUUUCUGGUGUUCUCAGUGUCAAGGGCAAGAAGGUUCUGCACAUUGACAAGAACGACCACUACGGCGGCGAGGCUGCCUCUGUCAACCUCGAGACGCUAUUCAAGAAGUACGGCAACGCCACCGGAGACAAGCCCUGGGAGAAGUAUGGCCGUCUCAACGACUGGAACAUUGACUUGGUCCCCAAGCUGCUCAUGUCCUCUGGCGAGCUGACCAACAUCCUCGUCUCUACCGAUGUCACCCGUUACCUCGAGUUCAAGCAGGUCACUGGCAGCUUUGUCCAGCAGGGCACCUCUCCCAAGGCCACUGUCGCCAAGGUUCCUUCGGAUGCCGGCGAGGCCCUCAAGUCGCCCCUCAUGGGUCUCUUUGAGAAGCGCCGCAUGAAGUCCUUCAUCGAGUGGGUUGGCACUUUCGACCCCAAGGACCCCGCCACUCACAAGGGCCUUAACAUCAACACCUGCACCAUGAACGAGGUCUAUGACAAGUUCGGCCUCGAGGCUGGCACCAAGGACUUUAUCGGCCACGCCAUGGCUCUCUACCUUACCGACGACUACCUUACUGCCAAGGGCGAGGCCCCCAGUGCCAUCGAGCGCAUUCGUCUCUACGGUAACUCAGUCGCCCGCUACGGAAAGUCGCCUUACAUCUACCCUCUCUACGGUCUCGGCGAGCUUCCUCAAGGUUUUGCCCGUCUCUCUGCCAUCUACGGUGGCACCUACAUGCUCAACACCCACGUUGACGAGUUCAUCACCGAAGGCGGCAAGACUGUCGGCAUCAAGGCUACUAUGGCGGGUCCUGAGGAGAUGAAGUUCGAGACCCGUGCCAAGAUGAUCCUUGGUGACCCCUCCUACUUCCCUGGCAAGACCAAGGUCGUUGGUCACGUCCUCCGUGCCAUCUGCAUCCUCAAGCACCCUCUUGCUGGUACCAGCGACAGCGACUCCUGCCAACUCAUCAUUCCCCAGUCUCAGGUUGGCCGCAAGAACGACAUCUACGUCGCUUGCGUUUCCUCCGCCCACAACGUCUGCCCCAAGGGCUACUGGGUUGCCAUCGUCUCCACUAUUGCUGAGACUCAAGCUAACCACCACCUCGAGCUCCAGCCUGGUCUGGAUCGCCUCGGUGCUAUCGAGGAGCAGUUCAUGGGCCCUCCUAUCCCCAUGUACGAGCCUCUCGAGGAUGGCACCAAGGACAAUGUCUUCAUCUCCAAGAGCUACGACGCCACUAGCCACUUUGAGACCACAACCGACGAUGUCAAGGACAUCUACCGCCGCGCCACUGGCGAGGAGCUCAAGGUUGAGGGUCUGAGAGAGGGUAUCGUCGUCGCCGACGAGCAAUAA